AUGGCGACCACCGCAUAUAACCAUGUUCCGCACAAUCAGGACUACCUCAGGCAGCCCUCUUCGUCUCCCAUCAUGCACCGAGCGGCUGUGCCUGGCGGUUCCGCUACAGGAGCACCCGCGCCAUUCAGAGCCCCGGCGCACAAGCACGCACAUCAUCUGCACUCGAUUCCUCCGAGAGAAAAAUCUACCAGGACGCUCAUUAUCGACCAUUUGCUCUGGGUGCACGCUCGUACUCGUUUUGCGCAGGCCCGUGCCGAGCUGGGCAUGACGGAUCGCACGGGCGGCCCAUCCUCGGGCAACUACAUCCAUCGAGAGCGGCCGGAAAAUUAUGAAGAGGACGAGGAAAUAUACAGCGAUGGUGAGGAUGUCAGGUCGCUCAUGGCCCGCGCUGGGGGCCCGGAUCACAUUCACGAAGACGAGGACGACGAGCGGCUGGAGAUGCAGGACCUCAAGCUCGCCCGCUCGCUCAGACAACGAGCGGAGGGAGUCGAGAAGGUUGCGACGUCGAUGCUCGACCAGCCGCCAUCGGUCCUGCCUAUGCACCCAGACGAUCUCAGCGACUCCCCGACGUCGCCCCAGCUGCGCCCCCACAACGUUCAGCGGGAUCCGCACAUGCUGCCCAACGGCGUCCGUCUACGCCUCGCCCUUGCCACUGUCAUUAACGACCUCUUCUCCCGCCGCGCACCCAGCCCCUCUAGUCGCCAACCCGCUCCACCGGCAACCUCGCCCUCCUUGCCGCCGCUUCCGUUAGCCCUUGUCCCACUAGCCGCCAUCUCUUCGGGCACUCCCCAGCCUAUUCCCACCGCACAACCUGCUUCCCCAGUCCCCCGCCGCCCAUAUCCGAACCAAUACAUCCGCUCGCUCUAUGAUAUCGGCGCCGAGGCCGAUUCGGCGAACUCUCCGCCAUCGCUGCGCUGUCCCAGACAUCUUCACAUGGGCUGUGAGAUUUGCGUCGAAGCGAAGGCUACACCUCCGACGCGUUCGGGCCAAACGCGCACAGGUCAAACGCGCACAGGCCAGACACGCUCUCGUAGCGCGCAGGGACGCGCAAGCUCGACGACCGGGAGCAGCCCAGGCGACUUACCCGCCUCAGGGAACAACGGUGCGUGUGCACUUGUUGGCGGCGUGACGGGCUGGCAGGAUGGGAGCGGCAUCGGGUCGGGCCUGGCUCGCCCCGGUGCGCGGGGAACGGUGCUCAGGCGGCCGUCGGACGCACAUCCGGCCACCCACGAUGCGAAUACGGUCCCACAGAUGUGCAGCACGAAGCUCGCAGAACUCAUCGUCAGGUUCAUCCGCCUUAGCGCGUUAGUCGCGAUGGAGCUUGGGCGGGAGGCGACGGAGGAUCGAGCAUCGGUGGAUGGCGGGGAUGCUCGGCAUGAAGACUCGUCGCCUGUAGCGGGCCCGUCGGCUGCUCCUCGCCCUCCUGCUUCUCCGCAGACAAGCCCACGGACACUCACUCAUCGCAAUCUUGCUGAGGCUGGACUAUAUUACUAUGCCUUGCGACCUUCCCGCGAGUGGUACUUCCUCCUAGCUGGAUUACUCACACGUGCCGUUGUAGAAGGGUAUAUGACGGCUGGAUGGCGAGGCGUGGGACCACUCGAAAUCCUGCUGGGAGUGGGUCUGGACAUCGCGAAAGUGGCAGCAUCAGGCCGGUCAAAUGACCGCCAGAGACCCAAUGUAGGACCUAGCCCCGGGAAGAGUAGAGAGGACGCGACGGUGCAUGAAGAAGAGGAUGAAUUCAAGCGAUUUAACCCAGAUGACCUCCCUGAGCUUGAUGACGCCACCCGAAUACUCUUUCCGUCUUUGAGGGAUGCAUUUGGCGCAUCCAAUACAGUAUAUCGCCAAAAGGAGGGUGCAGAACUUGAGUAUGAAAUAGAAAUGAUGGAACGGUUGCAGCGUUUCUAUGAUGUACCCCCUUCUACCCUGGACAUUGCAACCCAUAUGGAGGAUCUCCAGUGGCAAUACCCUGCCGAGGCUGUAGAGCGUGCAGCCAUACGGUUCUGCGAAGCUAUCGCCAGGUGGCGAGGGAAACCCGAAUUAGAGACAUAUAAGAAGGCUACGUGGAUCAUUGGCCAGCGAGAACCCCGAGCUAGUGCUGGUGCUGCCAUGUCUAUCGACGCACUCGUCCAUUCCAAUCCCACCAGCCCAUCAAACACUACGACCCCAUCCGAACACCAUCAGCCCCCGCAGCCGCAAAUGGCCCAGGAUAUGAAACCCCACCGACCGCAGAUAGAAAAGUACUUUACGAUACCCCAGUCCGUAAUAACACAGGGGCGGAAACGACGCAGGGAGUCUGACACAGAGCGGAUGGACGGGGCGCGGAGGAUCUCCAAUCCUGUGUAUGCGUGA